AUGGAUAACGAUAUAUCUGUCGAAAAAAUACAACAUUUCGUAGUUUCACAUCCAUUAAUCGUCAUUUUCAUUAUUGGAUCAUUAAUUUUAACAAUUAUCCAUAUUAGUCAACGAGCAAAACUCGCAACCGUAAUAUUUAAAGUUCAAAGUCCAACGAAUUAUGAAGAUAAUUCUGUAAAGAAUUGUUCAAUACAAUCCAAAUAUAUCAAUCAAAAUUGUCAUUGGUAUUUUUUAAAUUAUACACCAAGUGCAUGGGAAUCUAGUUGGGCUAACAAUAUUGAAAAUUUACAAAACGUCGUUUGCGAAAUAUUAGCAGACCGAAAUAAUUUGAAUAAAUCAGCUUUAACUGUCGAACGUUUAAUGGUAUUACAAAAAUUCGGACGAAAUCAUAGCAACAAACGAUCAAGCGAUAAGCUUUUAUCGAGAAUGUUUUAUCAAAAAGAAUGUAUUGAUCCAUUAACAAAUGUAACAUCUAAAGGAGUAAUCGUAUCGCAAUUAAUCGAACCACUUAUUGGUUUAUUACGAGAUCCACUGACGAUAUGCAAUCGUAUUGACAUACUACCUGCUUCUGCAUAUGAAGGAGCAAUUUUACAAUCAAAACGUUUUUUUCUAUUAUCAGUCGCAGCUCCAUUUUAUAUUCAUUCAUCGAUCCAAAAUACUAAUAAUAAUAAUUUACCGAUGAUUAUUCCAUCAAAUAAACGUAAUACAAAUUUACUUCCAUGGAUGUAUGAAAGAUCAAAAUUGAAUUCUUUAGACACAGAAACAGACACAAGAAAUGGACAAAAUAUUUUGAUUGAUUUGGGAAGUUCUUAUUUUGGACAUUGGAAUGGUGAUAUUAAGGCCGGUGCUGGACGAUGGUUUUAUGAAUAUUACAAACGUUUUGGUAUUAAAUUUGAUCGUAUUAUUGCCUAUGAAUCUGAAUUAUUAAAUCUUAAAAAUGUUUGGAAUGAAUUACCAGAUGAUGUCUUUCCCGUUUAUACUCUCAUUAAUGUUGGUUGUGAAAAAUCCGGUAAACUUAGUCCUUGGACAAAUUUAAAAGCACUAGCUAAACCAUACGAUCAUGUUGUUGUCAAGUUAGAUAUUGAUAAUCCAGCAAUUGAAGGUCCUUUAAUAAACGAAGUAUUAAAUGAUUCAAGUAUUCAUUCUUUGAUAGACGAACUAUUCUUUGAACAUCAUAUUUCAGUCAAAGAAAUGAGACUAUAUUGGAUGACUCCAACAGGAUCCUUAAAAGAUUCAUACAUUUUAUUUACAAAGCUACGACAACUUGGAAUACGAAUGCAUUCAUGGCCUUAA